AUGCUAAUGGCGAUGGUGCGCCGCGUGGUGCUGUGCGUGUUGGCUCUCACGCUGUGCCUCCCCUGCGUGUGCGUGACGGCUGCGGCUGCCACAGGCCACGGGGCACCCGGGCAGGAGGCGGAGUCCGGGAAACAUGUGUUGGCGCCCGCCGUGGGGCAGAGAAGCCACGCCGGUGUUUCUGCCUCGAGAGCAGCGGAAGCGGCGGGGGGCGCUGGGCUGGAAACAUUGGAAGGGAAGGCAUUGGAGAGGGUGGCAGCGCAAGCUGAGAAGGACAUUGAAGAAGCUACUGCUGCGUUGAAGGAAGCUGAUGAAGACGUGAAGAGUGCUUUGUGGAAAUUGAGUGCGGCUGAUGUGGAAGUGAAAAGCGCUGAGAUGGAUGCCGAUGUGGCUAGGAGGAGUCUGGAAAGCGCCACCAAAUCCAAAGACGCAGCUCAGGAAAUGUUAAGUAAAGCAGAGAAGGAAAAGAGUGAUGCUGACCGUGACGAGAAGGUGAAGCUGAAUGCGUUAAAGGAAGUAUCGGAUACAUUUUUUGAGGAUAUGCGUGAGGCUGAGCAGAAUCGGAGAGGCAUUGAAGAAAAAGCGCAGCGCGCUCUGGAGGAAAAGACAACAGCUGUUAAUGGAGUGACGAUAACUAUCAAUGUGCUGAGUUCAGCUGAGGCCGCAGCAACUAAAGCAAAGGAUGCCCUGCAAAAUAUCCACUCUGCUAAGCAUAUUUUAGUGGAUGGUGUGCAUCCUUUAAAGGAGGCCGAGACACUCACUGAGCAGGCGCUGAACGACGCACGCAACGCAGUGAGUACUGUAAAAAGUGCACUGGAUGCUGCUGAGAGUGGGGAAAGUGAAGAUGUUCACGGGUCUAAAAUUCGUAAUGUGGAGACGAUUGGUGAACAGGCAUUACAGAGUUUGGAUGCGGCACUUACUACGGCUACUACUGCAGCGACGAAGGCCGGUGUUGCACAUGCUGAGAUUGAAAAAAUGGCAAGUGCCGCUUUUGAAGCAUCUGAUAACGCCAGACUGGUGAGUGGGUUCUUCCUGGAAAGAGAGGGAUCAUUACUGACGACACUAUCGGAUGGCACGAAGGCAACAGAGAGUGCCGAAAAAUGGGCGGAUAAUGCCCGCGAGGCAGCAAGUCUCGCGAAUACCGUGGCGAUAACUUUAGGUGAAGCGUCAACUAGGGCAUAUGAUGUGAAGUACGCAGCAGAGGGGGUUCUUAACAUUGUGGGAUAUAUGAAACAGGAUCUCGAGAACGCUCUGGACGACCUCAAAAACGGCGACAAGGCUGGCAUUCAACGUCCAAUGGAGUACGUGGACAUGCCGUGGAAACGCACUGCAGAGGUGGAUACGGAAGCUGGUGUGGCGUUAAGUGCCGCCGAUGAUGUGGUCUUGAAGAUUGCGUCUGUGCGAGAACCUGCUGGAAAGGCAGCAACCGCCUUGAAAGGUGUAGCUCAGUUCGCUCAAGGCGCAAAGCAGAGAGCGGAAACACUGAUAAAUGAUGCUGAGGCAACGUACCAGAAGAUGCAACAAGAUGUGGCAGGGGCUAAAGCUGCGAUUCAGAAUUUGCAACAGAAGAGGAGUGAUGCACAACGCGCUGUUACCGACGCCACUAAACGGAUCGCAGUUGCUAAAGCUGCGCUGAGGGAAGCUCAAGGGAAGAUUCCUCCUGUGCGCCUUCUGACAGAAGCCACAGAAUGGAACAGAGCUGCACAAGAUGCACUACAGAAAGCCAAACAAAAGAGACAAGCUGCUGAGGCUGUACUGAGGGAGGCUAAACAGAAAAGAAGCGAUGCUGAGGCUGCACUGCAGGCAGCCAAAAGGAAGAUUGAUCCUCCGGCCGAGUCGCACACUCUCCACGAAGAAGAGGAGAAAUCUCAAACCGCGGCACCGCACGGAAGUGAAAAGGACGAACACCAGGCGUACGAUGGGGCGCAGGAGAGAGAUACACACCCAGCGGGCAUUACUCCUCCUACAGUCACCUUUCCAGAAGGACCCAGCAGUCUUGAAACAGCACCGAUAAACUCCGAGAAUUCUCUGGGCGAUUCUGAAGAACAUGUGUCUCCGUCAGAGAAGGCAACCACCGUGGCGCCGACAGAAGUGAAGACCAACGUGAGUGUGAAAGCCACGAUGAUGGGCGGACUGAAUGGCGAUGGGGGUGGGGAUGGCACCAGCCGCCCUCCGUGGGUGCGUGCACCGCUGCUGCUUGCGUUGGUGGUGCUUGCCCCCCUUGCUGUGUGCUGA